GUACCCAGUAAAGAGAAUCCUGUGGAUAUUGGUAGUCGGGGACCAAGUGACUUGGAAACUAACGAAAUGUGGAUUAGCGGUCCUUCAUGGCUGAACAAUUCCGACAGCUGGCCGGAACAGAUUAUUGCUAAACCUUCUGAUGUGUCGGAGUCCGAAAGUCGCACAAUCAAGACCGUGACGAAAGCUGCUGUUCAACAAAAAUCAGAUGCCUUUGACGACCUUUUAGCGAAAACAGGCCUAUGGAAAACUGUACGGAUUUUGGCAUGGAUCAAAAGAUUGUGGAAGAAGUAA